AUGAGAGCCGACGCGCCCGAGGCGCGUGGUGCAGCCGGGCAGGUUCCGCGAGGGCCUCGGCGCUCUCAGAGCGCAGACCGAGGGCCCGCGGAUGCGCGGCGGCGCAGUGAAGACGGCGAGCCAGCUUUGUCUUCACGUCUUUCGUCCAGGUUGCGUUCGCCUGAUGCCAGGGGCUCGCCGAGCCGGUCCUCGCUUCCAAGCGGCAGCGCCUCUGCACGACGGACGCGGGAGGAACACGCGCCACCCACCGCAGAAUGCGUUGUGCCGCAUGCGGGUGAGCCGCUUCCCUCUGGCUCUCACGUGGGCGCCGCGGGCGCUGCACUCGCGCAGCCUCCUCCACGGUCCUCGUACCUCUCGGCCUCUUCCCUCUGCGCGCCGCCAGUCUCCGCGGCCUCUGCCUCCCUCGCAGAGCAGUGCUGCUUUGGCGACUUGCUGUUCCUAUACAAUCUCCGUCACAGUUUUUCAGUUCCGCGCGACAGUCAGCAGGACGCGCACCCGAUGUCUGUCUUCGGGCUCGGCGAGUUCAAGACGGGCGUGUGGGGCAAGGGGGGGCAGGGGGGCGCCCCGGGGACCGGCGGCGGCCGGAAGAAAGCCGAGGCCGCGGGCGCGGGUCAGCAGGAACUCCAGCAGCAGCAGUUGGCCGUUCGCUGGCUGCUGGGGGUGACGAGCCACGGCUCCCCACAGACCAGCGCGACCGGGGCGGGGGGCCGGUCCCGCAGAGGGGCAGACGGGCUGUUGUCUGUCUGGCCUGCCGCCGCACGGGGCUCAGGAGGCCACGACACGAGGACGUUGGAAGCGCCUCCUGUCUGCGUCUCUUUUGCCGCUUCUUCGUGCCCUCCUGCGCUCUCCUGCUCAGCUUCGCCUCCGCCGGUGUGUGCCGCUAGCGGGGAAAUCGCGGGAGCCGUGAAGCACGAAGGACGCGGAGGGCAGCGAGCGCCUCGUACCUCGCGCGUCGUGGCUGGGUGGGAGAUGCAGACCGAACAAGCGGCUUUUUUAGGAGCCACAGGGCUGCGCAAGUGCCAGUAUGUUGGAUUGGAGAACCUGGGUGCGACGUGCUACAUGAACGUGUAUCUCCAGACGCUGUUCAUGAAUGUCCACUUCCGCGACUUCCUCCUUUCGCUGCCGACCCUCCGGGUGCUGAAAGACUUGGAGAGACAAAAGCGGCAGAUCGGAGAAGGCCACCCACACGCCCCUCUGAGCGACGGCGCCUCGCAGGCAAAGAGCUCUGUUUCCGAGCCUGAAGAAGGCGUGAAAACGGAACGAUUUCAAAAUAAUUCGGCGAGGGCAGAAAGUGGUGAGAGAGAAUCCGCGAAGGCGAACGCGGAGAUGCGAGAAAGCGGCACCAAGGUUGACGUGGCAGCUGCGCGACCGGAAGGAAGAGCAGAUGCUCCGAGUGAUGUCGGCGGACACGGAGGUGAGGUCGACACGCUGUGGGCGAGGGAGCACUUGAAGGUGCAGGGGGCGACAAGCGAGGAAAUCCUCGCCAAAGGAGAGCGAGUCAAAGAACCAAGCACCCAGAUUGAAUCGUCGUCGAGGACUUCGACUGAUGGGGUACCCGUGCAGCAGGAGGUAUGCACUGAACUGUCUGGCGCUUCUGGGCGACAGAUUUCUCAGCGACAGGAGCUCGCGCCUUCGGCGCAUUCGCUUGCCUCAUGCGUGUUGCCGGGGCACGCCGAACGCAGCGCAGGGGCUAUGGCGCGCAGCGACCGGUCGGCGUGGUGCUCCUGGCGCGCGACCAUGAAAGGCAGAGAUGUGUGUAGCGUCCUAUGUAGUCAGCGGUACGCACUCGUCUCUUCGCUGCAAAGGAUGUUUGCCCAGCUCCAGGAGGGCAUCCAGGCUGCGGUCCGUCCCGACACCGUAGCUGACCUCCUCGCAGACGAUUUGUCUAACCAGGAGGACGCGAACGAGCUCCAACACCGGCUUUUCGAGUUUCUGGAACACGAGCUCGGUGGCCGGGAGAGCCCGCUGAACUUCCUCGGAGUUCUCUUUGGCGGUCGGUCGAGACAGACGGUGCAGUGCAGCCACUGCACAUACAGUGGCAAGAAGGAAGAGUACUUCUUCCAGCUGAACUGCUGCCACAAAAAGUCGCAGCAUUCUGGCAGAGACGCCUCCGGCUCUGCCGACCGAAACCCGCGCUGUGGCUGGCCGAAGCCCACAAAGGUGUCACCGCCAGCUACCUCUCUCUCGUCUUGCUCCUCGCCAGCGAAGCCAGGCAACGCCGCACAACCUGAAGACGCGUUUGGGACGUGUGCCUCGCCUCUCCCUGCCAGCGCAUCCCUGGGUCCAGGCGCCGCGCACGCAGGUCCUGCGACUGCGUCGGCUGCGACUGCGUCGGCUGCGACUGCUUCUGAGACGUUUGCAUCGGCCUCGGCUGCCCCAAGCGGCAGCGACGCCGCCCGCCAGUGCCUCCCACAAAAACUCGACCUCUGCGCGCCGUCAAGUCAUUCCGGGGUUUCGUUGGAAGGAGGAACGAGCACGAGGCCGCCUCUGAAGCGGCUGCCAGAGCACCGCCCUGAGUGUGGUCCUCUCGAGGAGGCAGCUGACUUUUCGUGCGAGCCCCUGGCCUCGUCUACGGCCCAGGGAAUGCCUGUGGAGACAUGUGUGGGGAGUGACGGAGAGGGACCGUCUUACGUUUCCUCGUCUACACCCGUCGCGGCUGCGGCCACGCAGUCGAAAAAGAGAGGACGGAAGGCAACGAGUGGCAGCCAUCGCGGCGGUCAAGCGCUCUCGGAGGCGAGGGGCCGGGGGUCGCACAGCGGUCGAAAGAGAGGGAGAAACGGUGGGGAUGCUGGCGCGCACAGGGUCAGGGACGAAAGCGCCUGCGCGAGUCAAGCUCCGAGGAAAGGGGAGGCAGCGGAGAGAGGGCGGGGGGGCUCAGAAGACAAGAAGCCCGCAUGGAAGCUUGAGGAGGACAUGGCGAGGCAGUACCAGCGAACGGAGUACCUCAAGGGUGACUCCAAGUACUUCUGCCCUCAAUGCGGGGAAAAGCGAGAAGCGAAAAAGCGCAGUCAACUUUCCCUCCUCCCUCCGUAUCUUCAGCUGGUAGUCCUGCGUUACAGCAUCGACGUGAAGAAACAGACAGGAGAGUGGGUGAGGCGGAAAAUUCACGAGGCGUUGGAGAUCCCCGUAGUCAUGGACGUUCGCGGCUGCUGCACGGAAGACUGCCAGAUAAGCCAUCUAGACGGCAGCGUUUCGCCUUUGAGUGCGGCGCCUCCAGCGGCGCAUCAUUACCAGCUCUUUGGCAUUCUGGAGCACCAGGGUGCCUCCGCGACGUCCGGACAUUACACAGCCAUAACUCGUGAUUUGCGCGAGCGCGCGAAGUCGCAGAGAUGCCACGGGAGCUCAGUUUCCAAAUCCGCGAACUCGACAGCACUCAGGUGGGAUCUGAACCAUUCCUCGAGUCCUGCGGGGUCGUCGUCUUCGCUAGGAGGAGGCUGCCACGUUUCCUCUCCGUCGCUCGGGCCGUCGCCGAUGCAAGCUGCCGCGGAACGAAGUGGCUCCACGUUGCCCCGGUUCUGCAGGGAACGGAGCGCCGGAAGAGCUCCAGCUGCAGCGCCUGCCAGCAUUCUGACGGGACGAAUGACCCAGACUCCGCCCCCUUUCUCGACGUCAGGUGUGGACGCGGACGCUUCGAGAAUCACGUCAGCGGGACCGCGUGCCGUGGCAGACUCCGCGUCACUCGCCGUUCACGCCCGUUCACCGGAGCGGUCACGAACGAUCAGUGAAACGGGCGAUACUGUCGCGAAAGGGGAGUGCGUGGAGCAAGCGGAGAGACUGCGAUUCGGUCACGGGCAAGAGGCACACUGCCGUCAGCAGGUGGAAGCUGAAAGCCAUAUGGAGGAAGCAGACGCGGCUGGCACUAGCGGAGAAGCGCGCCAUGUGGCUGACCAGAAUGCUGGACACGGGGUAGCGUCACUAGCAUCCGUGGUGCGGGAAGAACGCUGGAAUACAGCACCAUCUACGUUGCUUUGCUCGUCGUCUUCCAUACCUCUGGCUCCGAGCAUCGCGUCGGGAAGCCAGCUGCACUCUGGAGACACCGCUGAAGCCAGCGGCGUUACUCAAGAGGGGGAAUCCAAGACUUUGACGUCGUUUGCAUAUUCGUCACGCAGUGUCGCCGGCAACCGAGCUGCGCAGCAGUCUGGAGGCGAAGGUGUCGACAGGCUGCGACUUGUGGUGGAUGUUGACACCCCGUCGCCUUCUCCGUGCCCUCCAGCUUCGCGCGACGCUUCACCUUCUCUGAGGUACUCCCUUCCCUGUUUCAGAGCCUCUGCGUUGCGCGGCGGACCCACGAACGCCGAAGCUUCCUCGCGGUGUUCAAACGCCACAGAGCCCAUUGGCUCAUCAGGCACAGUGUCAGGCAAAGGGGCCGCGACCAGAAAGCUCUCGAGCCAGCGCCAACGUCUCGAAGUCGCUGUGGCUUCCUCGUCAGCUGCCCCGUGCUGCCGCCGUCCGUCUCCCCUGUCUGCUGUCUCUGCAUCCUGUGUUUCCUUGAUGCCUGAGGAGGAGGACGCUGAGGAGCGAGCCGAUGUGGAGGUGUGUGGCGAGACAUUCACGGCCAGGACCCCGUCGCGGGAGAGGGAAGUGACGCCGAAGAAUGAGCUUGCACUGCUCCAUUCUCCACGCUCGUCCAGCUCGGUGAAACAGCGAGAGUUAUUUUUGGCACACGCACAGAGCCCGUCGGCCCGAGGUCCUGCUACCGGGGGACUUGCCGCCGCCGCACUGCAGCUCAGACAGGUUGGAGCGGGCGGGACUAGUGGAGGCGGGGGCAGCCAAAGACAGCCGAUGGCAAGCGGGGUGGAGGCCAAGCGAAGUCUGGCGCCUGCGCGGAAAAAAGCUGUGAGCGCGUCCUCGCCUCUGCAGAGGACACUCGACCAGUACGUCGGCAGAGCGCGGUCGGAGCUGCGACCUCACGAGGCUUGCUGUUUAGUCGGUGGGAAGCGCGCUUCGUCGCCGCACCUCUCGAGCGACCCCGCCUCGCUUGUUUCGCUGUCUCCUCCCCCGCACUGGGUGUCUUCUGCUGAGCGUGAGUCUCCGCACCGAAAGCGAAGGAGACGAGUUGACGACGCCAGAGGAGAACCCGAGAUCAGCAGGACAGCGCACGAGGGAGCGCGAGGCACGCUCGCACCGCGCUUCUCGCUUUCAGAGGCGGUGGAGAAGCGGCAUGGAAUCGACCACGUCUGGCUCGCCGGCGAAACGGCACAAGGCGACGCAGAAGACGCGGAUGUCGAAGAGGAGCUGAUCGUGAUGCCGGCGCCCGAGUGGAACGGGGAGACACCCCCGAGCCGCGCGGGGCCCGCGAGGAGACAGACGAAGGGGCAGUCUGCCUCCGCGGCGACUGAAGUGGGUCCACAGGACCAGACUCGGAGCGCCACCUUAGGCACGCAUGUCUCGAGAGCGGAGGAGGAGCUGAUUGCCCAGAGUCUCGCCGCAGACGAGGAUCUGGAGGAACAUCAGGACGGUCCUUUUCUCGAGGGCCUCCUCUCAGCCGAGUCUCGUGGGCGCAGACGAGUUCCUACUGAGCUUGGCCACAGCGCGUUCAGCUGCGAAAGCCGCCGAUCCGGGGUUGGCGGCGUCCCGGGAAGUAAACCGUCCGCGCCCUCCACCGCUCGAUACGCUUGGGUGCGGUUCGAUGACAGCAAGGUGUCGCCUUUUUUGCUUCCUCGGGCGACGAGUCAACCUGCUGCUCAAGGUCUUCCUCUGCCAUCUCCGGACUCUCCGCCUCUCUCCGCUACUUGCGCCGGGGGAGCGACUUCGUCGGCGUCCGCUGUGCCGACGUCGGCGGCGUCCUGCAACUUCUCAGUUGAAGACGAAGCGAGCUGGAACGAGGGUGCCCGCGAGGCGGAGCGGCUGGAGAGCGCAAGCGCGUUGCUGUCGGGGCGCGAGUGCCCUCCCGCGCCUGCUGAUUCCGUGCGACUGUCGAGCCGCACGGUCUACAUGGUCACAUACGUGCGGGCGGACCUCUCUGCAGACGAGGACGAUCUGCCGCUGCCGCCCGACUUGCAGGAGUUUGUGGAUGAAGAGAACGCACGCAUUUGCGAAGAACAAGAGGAGCUGUACCUCCGCCAGCAGACGCUACUGGCCUACGUACAGGAGCGGCAGCAAUCGCUGUACCAACUUCUUCGUCAGGAUCUUCCCUCGGCGUUGAAGGAGCUGGAGCAGCAGAGGGCGGAUCGGGUGCAGAGGGAGCCAGCGUAUGCCGUUCUGGCUCGCAGGCGGCUGCCGUCGCCAGUCUGCGACCGCACGCUCAUCAAUUUGCAGCAGCGGCUGUCGCUGCUUCCACAGCUCAGACAGAUCGCGUUCAUCCCGCGCUCCUGGUGGCAGCAGUACGUCCGCGGCGUCGAUUACCCGACGAUGUCCACGCAGCUGCCUGUCUCGCUGCGACCGAGGCGAGACGGCAACAACCCGAACGCGGUCUCGCUGGCGCUCCACGGGAAGACCGACACCGCGGCAAAGAAGGCCAAGGGACGAAAGCUCGCGAACGCGAGGGCGCCUGGCGCGAGGGACGCGCAAGAGAGAAGCAGAGAGGAGAGCGAACGAAGCGGCGACAGCGAAGGGGACGCCGAGAGAAGGGCAGCAGAGGGCAUUCCACAGGCACCCCGGAGCCGGUCUCGAGACACAGGCGAAGAGGGAGAUGAGGCGUGCAAGAGGAUGGCAGAGAAGGGUGAGGAGAACGCGACAGAGGCCAAGGCACGGACGCGCGAAGCAAGCAACCGAGAAGCGAGGGUAGACAUAGGCAUGCAAAUAUCCCACACGAAGGGAGACAACGAACUCUACGGCUCCCGGCGAGACGCAGCCUGCCCUCCGGCGCUGCACAGCGCGUCGCGAGGCGUGGGGCCAUCUACAGAGCCGAACUCAGGAUCCGGCGGAGACGAGAGUGCGUCCGAGAUGAGAGGAGAAUGCGAUGACUGUGAUGUUCCUCGUUCGUCGGCGGCUGCCGCUGAGGACUGCGGCGUGAUCGACUACUCAGGGAUCCUGUGCCCGCAUUAUAUGAGAGCUCUGGCUGUCGCACCAGCUCCGCAGCCUCCGCACGCACCGGCCUCACCUCCUCAAGCUGAUGAGACUGAAUCGUUUCCACAUGCUUUUCCGUCUUCAAACGCCUCCGCCCCAGUCGGCCAACCUCCGCUUUCUUCUGUUUCUGCUUCAUCUCUGUCUGCGGCCCGCGCUAGCCCCGCUUUUCAUGUUUCUGCGUCGGGCCCGCCAGACGAGGAGAAGCAGCUCGCGGAUCCCUCAUGCCCGAUUGAGAAGCUUCUGCGCGUGACGGAGAUCUGUGGCGACCGCGGAGUCGAUCCUUUGUGCAUUUGGACUGGAGAGGCCAAGGUGCUUCCUGCGUCUCUCUUCGCGUCGCUGCUCGCCGCUUCGUCGCUGCGGCCGUCGCUCCCCGACCCCUCGGUUCUUCCGAAUCUCUGCUGCAUCUGCAGCUCGGCCCUCAGCGGACUCGUUGACUUCUUCUCCGAGCAGCACCGCUCAAUCGAGGCCUUCCUCGACGCGCUGAAGAGACAGAAGACCAUUCCCACGCAGCAGGAGGAGCCUGACUGUCUUGGGCGCGGCCUCGCUCCGCCUCAGCACCCUCGCACACGCGCAUGCAUGUCCGAUGGCCACAGACCGCGAGCCGCCGCUUCAGAGGCCAUCAACAGCCGUUGCCUCACCUCCACCGGCGCUGGGAACCAGACGGGGCCGCAGAAUGGAGCGCCAGAAGCACUCGACGUUGAGGAGCUUGUGGGCGAUGUUUUGCUGGAGGAAAGUGGCGUCUCCGGCAGCGAAAACGAUAAGGGUGCCCUGUCCUCCCUGAGCGACCUGUCGUCGCCCGUUGCCGCCGAUGCGGCGUCUCCUGCGUUGCCCCUCUCGUCUUCCUCUGUCUGCGGAUCGCGGACGGCCGAGAAAGCUGGCGCGGAAUUGACAGGCUGCAGAGGCGACGGCUGGGACGAAAUGCCGAACCCGCUGUGUCGCGGUUUGUUCGCUUCGCCCCAGAAUUCCGCCCCAUCUGGGCGCCUCACCCACUCGGCCGCCGCCGUUCCAGGCCAGGGAGGAGAAGAAGAAGACUGCACAUCUCUGUCCCCAAGUGCGAGGCAGGGCGCAGGAUGCUCUUCCUCUAUGCACAGGUUCCCGCAGUCGGCUGCGAUGGGCGACUCAGGAGCGGAGGAGGUCAGCGGCAAUGUCGCUGACCUCCACAGCGGCGAUGUCGCGGGAGGGAAAGGCGCCUGCAGUCUCUCUGCGUGCGGUGUCUCCUCGCCUAGCAAGGCAGAGUCCUGCCUGCAAUCGUUGAGUCCUUCCGCGGUUCAGCCGCCGUCCUCCGCCCUUGCGGCGCCGCUGGCUGUGCCGGCUGAGGAGCUCGUUUCGUCGCCUGGCAGCUUCGCUGAAGAUCCAGCGCGUAUGCCCGAAUAUAUCUACGUCGCCAGGAGGCCACUGCAGAGGGCGUUUUCGCUGCACGCGUGUUUCCUCACUCUCUGCCCGCUUCCAACAUCAUCGUCGCCGGCGUCGGUCUCGUUUUCUUCGCUCCUCCCCUCGUCGUCUACUCCGCAGUCGCGCGAACUCAAGCUGCUGCGUGCCAAGAUGAAGCGCGAGGGCAAAGGGAGCAGGGAGAAGUACCUCUCGUGGCUCACGCUGAGCGACGUGCGGCGCGAAGUCACGCAGGGCCGGAAACCCGGCGGGCAGAAAAAGAGGGAGAAAAAGGAACGUGAAGACGAGGAAGAAGACGCUGACGCUCAGGAGCAGACCCGAGAGCGACCGGACGCGGAGGGCGCAGAGGGGGAGGACGAAGUCGAGGCAGAGUCUGAACAGACGGACAGCGAGCGAGAGACGCGAGGGAGGCGAAAGCGGCGGAAGACGGCUGGGGUGGCAGACGCGUCGAAAGACGAUGACGACGACGACGUGCAGGAAGUCGUUGUGGAGGGUGACGAAGAAGAGGAAGGAGACGAGGAGGGGCAGGACGAGGAGACUCAGGGUGCUUUAGUGCGAGAGAACUUCUUCGACUUCGCCGCGGAUCUCCUCUGCCCCCACGGCAAUCUACGCGUGCAAGGCCCUGUUGGGAAAAGCAACAAGCUGCAGCGCUUCUUGGUCCCUACAAAGGCGGUUUUGAAUUUCCUCGAUUUCGAGCGCGAAAAAGCUCCGCUCUACGAGAACCUAGGCAUUGCGAGGCCACUCACCUUCGCCUGCUCCACAUUCGUCAGCCAGUUUUCGCAGGAGUGCUCCAUCUGCUUGGUGGAGCAGCAGGCUGAACAACAGCGGAAACAGCUUUGGCGCGACCAGAGGACCGAGGAGUCGAAGGCGCUGGGGCAUAUCAUUGGGAAGCGUUGGCGCUUGAGGAGGGAGACAGGCUUUCACUCAAACAAGUGCUCGCCGCCGCUGCCGAAGAGAGGCCGCUUCUUCUUUGUCAGCACUGCGUGGCGCCAGCAGUGGCUCGCGUACGUUUCUUCGUGCGACGAAGCCCAGGGAGCGGCCUGCAAACCUCCGCCUCUCUGCAAUUCCUCACUUCUCUGCGGAUGCGCGAACAAAGGCUUGAGAGUAGACCCGACGGACACGCUUCUUGCGCCGAGCCUCCUGGCGGACCCCCCUGAGAGUGAGACAGAUUUGUAUGUCCUCGUGCACGAAGACGACAUCGAGGUCCUGCAGCGGUUCGGAUUGACGGGUUUUAGGGCGAAAGAGAACCAGGCCAUGUGUGUUGAGGUUAAGCACAUUCCGACUCCCAUCGCCGCCUCGCUUGCAUUGUCGCCGCCCUCCGUGGGGACCCCCGCUUCGUCUGACGGAUUGUCUGCGGGUCCCACCGGCAGCCACGUGCCUGCGUUUUUCUUCCCUUCGCUCGCCCCGUGCCCCGAGUGCGUGCGAGAGGAGCGCAUCGACCAGGGGUUCUACGAUUUCUCCCUUCUCGAGUUGCCUCUGCGUCUCCGGCGGAGCGUUGCCGGCGAGGUCGCUGGGGACGCCGAGAAGCCGGAAGAGGAGACGCGCAGAGGGCGAGGGAGGGGCGCGACCGCAGACGCGCGACGAAAAACGAGCUCCCGCGUUUUCGGGCAGAAGAAGGUCACCCUCACCGUCAGUGGCGAGUCCGAGCUGGAGUCUGUGCUUGCGCAUGUCGUCGCAAGCAUGCCUGAAGCCGAUGAGCAUAAAGACGUGGUAGUCUAUCUGGAAGGCCCGCCGCGCCACGUUUACUUUUACACUCCGUCUGCUUCCACGUAUCUGCCUGAAGGCGGCGGCGUCGCUUCUCUCUGCGCACCUGCGGAUGCAGCGCGCAUGCCCCCUGUGUCGCGCUCCCGCUGUGCAGAUGAAGACCCUGAGAAGGCUAAUUAUCUGUCCUCUGUUGCGCGACAGUCAUGUUCAGAGGACGUGGACAAGGAGCAGACGAGCGGCAGCGCAGCCCUCGCUAUCCCAAGCGGGGCUCGGCAGACGUGUGGUGAAAGCGAAACCGAAGAAUCGGUGGACGCGUCUCGGGCGACCAGCAUGUGCGGCGAAAAAGAGAUGCAUGCGUUGGAGGCGAGCCCCGCAGAAGCUAUGCAUGCAGGCGAGCGGUCGUCCGGGUCCGCCGGCGGAAGCGAGCAACCGACACGGACACAGGACGUUGUCUGCUUUUUUUCAGACGGCGGCGGAAGAGAGGGAGAGGGUGAGAGGGAGGACAUCGCGCUCCGAGUGGUCGCUUUGCCGCAUGCGUCGUGUCUCUCCGUGGACGUUGGGUCGAAGACGCAUCUGCGUGACCUGUUUCUCCCCGUUACGAGUGCCUGGCAGCUGAGCUACGAGCUGGAAGGUGGCGGCGUAGGAAAGACGCAGGGAGAACAGGCGGUGGACGAGCAAGGAGAGGAGGCGAGAGUGUGCGGCGAGUCUGCAUCGUGCGAGGCCGCGCGCGACUCUGCGGUGAAGGCGCAAGCGCAGUCGCGGAGGAUGGCGCAGAAGAUGCCUGCGCCAGUCCUGGAAAUCCAGAAUUCCGAUAACGAAGACGACGAAAUUCAACGCAAGCCGCUCGACGCGGCGCGACCCGAGGCCGUCGAUCUAGAGAUUGGUGACGCCGAAGAGGAGGAAGAGCCGCCGCCAAAGCGGCUGUAUGCACUCGGUCUCGGCCGCCACACGAGGAAGCCUCAAGCCGCAGCAGGCGGAAAGCGGACUCCCACCGUUGUCAUUGAGGAAGACGUAGACGACCCGCAAGCUCUGCGCCACGCUGUCAAGAGAACGCGAACUGUCUACGGGCCGGGCAACCCGGUGGCGGCGCUCAGAGGACCUGUGGGCGCGAAAGAAGGCAAAGACGAUAGCUGCAGGCGCGGCGAGCGCAGAACACCGGCGCGUGGCUCAGCCUCUCGGGGCGGAGACACUCGGAAACGUCGAGAAGCAGUGGGGCCAGCUGAGGCCGAGAGUAAGCACUUUUGCGGGCCUUCUAACACAGGCUUGAGAAGCGAUUCCGCGAGUUCGCCAACCCGAACUGGCCGCCUGACAGAUCGAGCUCGGAACGGCGUCGGUCGAACUCCGUCUGGUCCUGCGAACUCGGACUUAGGACGAGAGCCAAUUGUCCUCCUCGAUGAUGAUGAAGCAGAGGGAGCACCUGGGGCUAGGUGA